AUGCUCAAACGGUUUUGUGUAAGAUACCAUGAGGAAUAUUUAAAUACCUUUUUGAAGAAAUUAAAAAGUGUUUUGGGUGAACAGACAGUCAAAAACAAACUAUUGACCGAACAGAAUUUAUACUAUAGAACGUUCCACAAACAAAUUGGUAUGAUCUUCGAAAUUUUUCUCUAA